AUGUCGACCGCUUCAUCUAGACCCCAUACGCCGGGUUACCCUCAACCUCCUCCCGAACCCUUUCCUGAGAAUGGUGAUACCACCAAAGACCAAAAACGAACCUCGUCUCUCAGCUUCCUCCGUCGCUCUAAGUCUACCGACAUUCUAGGUGAAAGAAAAUCCUCUGGAAGCAAAAGCAAGAAAAUGGGUAAACCACAAGCGACGGAAGAGGACAUCCGUCGCCAGCGCGAGUCCAUGGUCCGACAACCUCCCCGUCUGCCCGAUUUCGCUCCUCCCCCGGUUCUCGAGACAUUCGGUGGUGAAGAACGGCAUGAUACCGUCCCUGCUCUUUCCAGCCAGAACUUUCCGUCACAGCAACAGGCCCGCAGCGCCGUGAGCACCCCCGUAGCCUCCGAGAACGACCCCUAUGCGCGUACCGAGAGCAUGACACAUCGUGGACGGUAUAGCUACGCAAGCAGUGCUGUAAGCACCGUCAACAAUCCACGCAGGCUGCGUCGCCGCAAGGAUCCGACACCCUACAAUGUCCUUGUCAUCGGUGCUCGCAACUCGGGAAAGACCUCAUUCCUCAACUUCCUCCGAAACUCACUGGCCAUGCCAGCUCACAAACACCCUUCUCGCACUCAGGAUGAAUUCAAAUCCUUUGAUCGUCUAGCCCCUGCCAACGAAGGCUACUCGUCCCAUUAUCUCGAAACGGAAAUCGACGGAGAACGUGUCGGACUGACCCUGUGGGACUCGCAAGGAUUGGAAAGAAACAUUGUUGACAUUCAGUUGCGUGGCGUGGCGGGAUUCCUGGAAGGCAAAUUCGAGGAGACCCUGAGUGAGGAAAUGAAGGUGAUCCGCUCGCCUGGCGCGCGUGACACACAUAUUCAUUGUACUUUCUUGAUCCUUGAUCCGGUGCGCCUAGACGAAAAUAUCGCUGCCGCCGAACGUGCCGCCCAAGGAACAUCCAAGUCCACUGAUUCUCCCGUGGUUGGCAUCCUCGACGAAUACCUUGACAUUCAAGUUCUACGCAAAGUCGUUGGUAAAACCACGGUCGUCCCGGUCAUCAGCAAAGCUGACACUAUUACAUCGACCCACAUGUCCUACUUAAGGAAGGCAGUUUGGGAUAGUUUGAAGAAGGCCAACAUAGACCCUCUCGAGGUGCUCGCUCUCGAUGAACAAGAUGAGUACACGUCUUCCGAGAGUGCCGAUGAAGAAGAGGAGGAUGAGGUUGAUGAGUCCAAACCGACCGAGGAUCCUAGUGCGGCCAUAAAGCCCCCCGGAUCCCCAUCCGCUCGAAGCCAGAGUUCUCGCAAAUCAUCUGGAUCCCAGGCCGCCUCCCAGCUUCUGCCUUUUACGAUACUGUCGCCUGACCCGCACUCGUUGAAGUCCAAGGAGGAGCCCGUCGGUCGAAGGUUCCCCUGGGGCUUUGCUGAUCCUCACAACCCCGAGCAUUGCGAUUUUCUCAAAUUGAAGGAGUCGGUGUUCAGCGACUGGCGGGCUGAACUGCGUGAGGCCAGCCGCGUGAUCUGGUAUGAAAACUGGAGAACGAGCCGUUUGAAUCGCAAUGGCCCUAAUGCUGCUGCUGUUGCUGCUCCACCGCAGAAGAAGAAAUACAGUGGCAGAAUGGGUCCCCUCUGA